CAAGAUUGCAAAAAGGCGAUCUCGUCGUCCUGAACGCAUUGGGAAUUUUGUGGCCGUCAGCAUGCUCCGUGGCGUCUUGGCCCUCCUGGCAGCGUCUUCUGUCUGCGCUGGUGGUACUGCCUCGACGACGGUGGCUCGUCCAACCCGCUCCGCUUCGAUGACGACACUGGCCAAGGAGCAUUUCAUCGCGGACUUGCCCAACUAUCGCGACCCGACCCCCAUUUCGUUUGCCAUGUAUGCUGGCCGCAUGCCGCUGCCCAGCAAUGGCCAAGAGAUGUUUUACUGGUACGUCGAAUCGAAGGAAGACCCCGACUCGGACCCGCUCGUGUUGUGGCUCAACGGCGGCCCCGGCUGCUCGUCCCUCGGAGGCUUCUUCACUGAGCUUGGGCCGUUCGUUGUCGAGAGCGACCUCACGGUCAAGCUAAACCCGUACACGUGGAAUCGCAAGGCGAACGUUGUCUUUCUCGAGUCCCCGGCGGGCGUCGGGUUUAGUCGCCCGCACCUCAACUUGACCGAGUACAACGACGACUUUACGACGGACCGCAUUGCAGAGUUUCUCGAGCAAUUUCUCAUCACGUACCCGUCGUUGCAGAAUCGCCCGCUGUACAUCACGGGCGAGAGCUACGCCGGGAUUUACAUUCCGUAUCUCGUGCACACUCUUGUGACAGCCAAGGCGUCGACCCAACAGCGCCACCGCGGCCACGUGGCUCAUGCUGGCGCGGCGACCCGCCGCUUCCCCACCAUCAACCUCCAGGGGUAUGCGAUUGGGAAUCCGUUCACGGAUGCCGACAUUGACGGAAACGCGUACAUGGACUACUACUAUGCCCACGCACUCAUCUCGAUGGAGAAUUACAACGACAUGGUCGACCAUUGCGAAGCUGAAAUCGGCAAGUGCAUGUAUACGCCGGUCAACUGCUCGGCGCCGUGCCAGGCUGCGAUCGAAGAAGGCGUUGUUGCAUCUGACACGGCCUACUUGAACCCGUACUACAUUUACGGCGACGUGUGCCUGCUCUCGAACAACCAAGCCGGGAUGCUGCACUUCCGAAAGAGCAUGGCGUACCAGCCCAUGCACCGAGGCAAGAUCGAGCCGUGCACAGACAAAUACACGGAAAACUACUUGAAUCUGGCCGUGGUGCAGGAAGCGAUUCACGUCACGAUGCCGGGGUCGGCUGUGUCUGCAUGGGCCGACUGCAAUAUGGACAUCGCCGAGCGAUACCAUCGCGCGCUCACGGCGUUGCCCAAGUACCGGACGAUCCUCAAGCACAAUUUGUCGGCCUUGAUAUACAGCGGCGAUGCCGACGCCGUCGUGAAUUUCAUCGGGACCGAGCGGUGGAUUGCAAGCCCCGCGGGGCUGCACUUACCGAUCAAGGAAAAAUGGAAGUCGUGGUUUGGCCCGGACAACCAACUGGCCGGGUAUACACAAGAGUACCCUGGCCUCACGUUCAAGACCGUCAAGGGGGCCGGGCACAUGGUGCCUGCGAUUCGCCCGCUGCACGCGCUCUACAUGUUUGAAUGCUUCAUCUACGGCAACGCCGCCUGCGCCAAUUUCACGUAUCCGCGCGACAACCUAGAGUACCUCACGGGCGAAGUCGACGAUACUGACAACCUGACGGCGCUCGUCGCGUUGCGUGCAGCGGACGUAUCGCAUCCCGACGCAUCAACGUUGUGGACUGUCGUGGUUGGCGUCGGCGCAGGUAUCGCGGCCUUUGUCGCCAUGCAAGCCAUGUCCACUGCCGCCCGCCGAUCGACUUACUCCGCUCUGUAAACCGCCGCGCGGGCGUGUGCGCGCGACAGACUGGAUUUUUUGAAUGCACUAGGGCACAAUCCAAG